UUGACAUUACAGGAAAAGACAACGUUAUGUGAUUUUACGCUAUAAAAAAGGCCUGUGUAACCCCAAACCUGAGAAGCUUCACUCAUCGCAACAAUGGCGUUCAACACCAACAGUGUCCUCCUCUUCAUCUCCCUCUCCCUCUUUCUCACUCUCGCUAUCUCCGACGACCCCGAUUGUGUUUACACGGUUUAUGUUAGGACGGGAUCGAUCAUCAAGGGAGGGACGGACUCCAACAUCAACGCGAGGUUCUACGACGGCAACGGCUACGGGAUCGAGAUCCGAAACCUCGAAACCUGGGGAGGAUUGAUGGGAUCCGACCACGACUACUUCGAGAGGGGCAAUCUCGACAUAUUCAGCGGCCGCGGACCCUGCCUCACCGCUCCUAUCUGCGCCCUGAACCUCACUUCCGACGGCUCCGGCGCCGGCCACGGUUGGUACGUCAACUACCUCGAGGUGACCUCUACCGGAGCUCACAUACCUUGUAACCAGCAGCUUUUCACGAUCGAGCAGUGGCUCGCCACCGACACGUCGCCCUACGAGCUCACCGCGAUCAGGAACUACUGCAACUCAAACUAUGCCGUCGAGGAGAAGAUCCGGUCCGGUUCCAGUGCGUUGGUUUCAUCUGUUUAAUGUCCGGGAAAUAGGUGCGUCAUAUUAUAUGACGCUUGUUAUCAUGGUUAGUUAGUGCUUUGAGUUAGAGCAUAACCCGAGUGUUGUGCUAUUGUUAUCGGAAUCCAUGGCUAUUCAGUUGAGCGGUUAUGUAUGAGUAUCAAGGCUUUGUUUGGCCAAAUAAAUUAUGGAGCUUUCCAUUA